CUCUGGAAUAAACACGCGCGCCGGCCAAUCUUCGCCCAGGACGCGCGUCCCCGCCGCCGAUCAUCAGACCCAGUGAUGUGAAAGUGGAACCAGAGUUGAGCCCGGAGGAAAUGAGCGGACCCAAAACAAAGCCCGAACUCGAGAGUCAGCUUUUCCGCCUCAACUGAAGUGAUUUUCUUUUUCUGUUUUCGGGGGGAGAGAUGUCGCAGCGCGGCGGCCGGUGCGGCUGAACCCGCAUCUUGGAUUACCGGACCGGGACCGCGUCGCUUCGGAUUGCCACUUUUCCCCCCAGGGUUGGAUCCGCCAGUUCUCCCCGAACUGUUGGACACUCAAGAGCCAAGACGGUGUUCCGAGUGGAGCCGAGUCCGAGCAGCGCAGUCGGAGUGCGAAGGUCGGCCCUGGGCGUCCUGCAGGCCGGCGUCAUGAUGGUCCACUGUGCCGGAUGCGAGCGGCCCAUCUUGGACCGGUUCCUCCUCAAUGUGCUGGACCGAGCCUGGCACGCCAAGUGCGUGCAGUGCUGCGAGUGUAACUGCAACCUGACAGAGAAGUGCUUCUCCCGGGACGGAAAGCUAUAUUGCAAACUGGACUUUUUCAGGCGGUUCGGAACCAAAUGCGCGGGCUGCCAGCAGGGAAUCUCCCCGAACGACCUGGUGCGUAAAGCCCGCAACAAGGUUUUCCACCUGAACUGCUUCACCUGCAUGGUGUGCAACAAGCAGCUGUCCACCGGAGAGGAGCUGUACGUCAUCGACGAGAACAAGUUCGUGUGCAAAGAAGAUUACCUCACUUCCGGCGCCAUGAAGGAAGCUACGCUGAACUCAGUGUCGUCGUGUACAGAUAGGAGUUUAUCGCCGGAUCUGCCGGACCCGAUACAGGACGACAUUAAGGAGACGGACAAUUCCACGUCGUCAGAUAAAGAAACGAACAAUAUUGAGAAUGAGGAGCAGAACUCAGGGGCCAAACGACGGGGUCCCCGCACCACCAUCAAAGCCAAGCAGCUCGAAACGUUAAAGGCCGCAUUUGUGGCCACGCCCAAACCAACCAGGCACAUCCGGGAGCAGCUGGCGCAGGAGACCGGGCUGAACAUGCGCGUGAUCCAGGUUUGGUUCCAGAAUAGAAGAUCCAAAGAGCGGCGGAUGAAGCAGCUAAGCGCCUUGGGAGCCCGGCGGCACGCCUUCUUCAGGGGUCCCCGGAGGAUGAGGCCACUCGGAGGACGACUUGAAGAUCCGGACAUCCUGGGACCGGGAGCCUACGGUUACUAUGGAGAGUACCAGGGCGACUACUACGGACCAGGCAGCAACUACGACUUCUUCCCUCACGGCCCCCCCUCCUCUCAGGCCCAGUCCCCAGCCGAGUCCCCCUACAUGCUGGGCUCAGGACCUGGAGGCAUGGAAGGAUCGGGUCACCUCCCGUCAGACGACCAAAGGUUCACGGACAUGAUAUCUCACGCAGAGACCCCGAGUCCUGAGCCGGGCUUACCGGGCUCCCUGCAGUCGGUGCCGGGCGAGGCCUACGGAGGCGGGCCAAGUCCUCCGUUCUCACUGGCCAGUAACUCCAGCUACAGUGCUCCAAUGUCGCACCAGGGACAGGAGAUGGGAGAGACCGCGGCCUGGUAGAGGACAGGUCGUUGACGAAGUAGCGGAGAAGCGUUUUAGCUUUGUUCCCGGAAGAAUCUACGUCUUUAGGACCACACCGACAUCUUGUGAUCCCCGUAGCCUCGAUAAUGUCGCGUCCUCGCCUCACUGAAGGGAACUGUUUCUAGUUUUGGCUUCUAAGCAGACAAAAGUCUCUGAAUCAGGUUCCAAACUUCCUGUGACGCAGUCUUAGAAGCAGGCAGCGCAUUUGAGCUGAGCCGGGAGGCCACACCCACCUGCCCUACGACCUGAAAGUCAAAAUAAGAUCCAUGCUUCAUGCCUCAUCCACAUAGUGACGCCAUCUGUCACCGAGCGUUAGAAUGCCCCGGUGCACAGUCAGUAUGUGUAUUUGAUAUUGUGAUGACAAAUUCGUACAUUUUUGUUUCACCAGAAAACCAUCGGAUCUAUUUUUUGUGUUUUUGCAUGUGUCGGUCUUCGAUCGUUGCAACCCCGAGGUCACCGUGGAGGAAUCCCGCUUCAUUAUUUCCUGUUUCAACUGAGGGUCACGCGGGUCAUUUUCAGUAUGGAAAGUGGUCAUACGUUUGGUCUCUGUUGAACAGGCUCAGACUCUUAUCUGCAUUAAGAACGUCGUAGUGUGGACGUACGAGGACGGAGGCCAGGAUUCAUUUCUCUGAAGGACUUUUUCUCAAUUGAUGGAUCACGACGCCGACGUUCACCCGCGGUCGUUGCUGAGAAACAUCCGUGCUCGGAAUGAUUUCAGCCGCCACCCUCUUCGACGUCAAGCAUGUAGGCACGCGACAAAAGGAAAAGCUAAAGGGGACAUUCUUAGUGAUCUUUCAUUUGCGGAUUUUCAUCACGGCAAUACGAGUUUCCUUUCAGUCGACCCGUGUCCGUUUCCGCCGGCGAGUUGUGCCUCAAAGACAAAGCAGCCGGUUUUAAUGUAUAAACACAGGGCGACGCCAGGACGCCUAUACCAUCGUUUGGAACACACACACAAUUAUUCAGGCACUUGUACUCAUUCAUGCACACACCCCCAGCCAGCCAGCCAGCCAGCCGGGCGGGCGGGCGGGCGGGCGGCCCUGAUAGUUCUGCUCCGCACACGCGGCUUCACCUGACCUUCCCUUUGUCGCCGUCCCUUUUAAAAAACAUGUUUUAAUGGAAAUGAUUUUCAAAAGAACAUUGAGCCCAUAAUGGAGAAUCUCCUUCAGCAGCUGAGGUCUCCUUCCCUCUAAAGGGAGGAAACAAAAGAGGGGGCAGACAACAUCUGUGACAUUACCUCUCUGCCCCUGCGGAGGCGACCGCUGCCAUCUCCUGGCCGAGCUCACCGCGACCGCGUUCCUCACUCAAAUUACACAUGAAAUCUGUUCCUCUCCUGCAGAAGCGUGCUGCAUUCACAUGGGAAUGUUUCUCCAUCAAAGGAUAUUAGUUUUGUUUGUGCCAGCAGCUGGGAAAUGAGGACAGAGUGAAAGGGAUCCCACUAAAAUUUCAGUUACAGAUUCUGGAUUACCGUUGAUGAUUGGCUCGGCGUGAUGCAUGUGACAAACUCGUACCCACACUGGGUGUUUAUACUGCAGUGUAUGGACCCUUCACUUCUUCCAGCACCACCCACUCUGACUCUCCUGUUGAAGGAGUCAGACGGUGUCCGACAUUUCACCCAUGAUUGACUCUGACCCCCCGACUUUCAUGAUGCACACUGUCCUUUAUUUAAAUGUAUAAUAUUCAGGAUAUUCCUGCAAAAACAAGUUCAUCUAGCAGUAAAACAUCCUUGGUUUUUUUUAUUGUCGCAUUGUUUUUCUUUAAAUUUAACAUUUUUUUAUACUGAUUUAAAAGAUUGGGGGCGUUCAAAUGGAAAAGAGGCUUUAACAUCAGGGUGGAAGUGCCCCAGUCAUGAGCAACUCUUUGAAAAUCUUUCAAUUUUCCACACAUCACCACGAUCUUGUUUCCUCUCCGUCAUCAUGGGUGUUUUGGUGACGACGCCACCCGUCAUCUAGUGGUGGGCCUGGAAUGGCGACUGAGUCCCAGGCCUUGUUAUUCAUUUUAACUUUUAGUAACGUCAAUAUUUGCAUCAUAAUUUAAGAAAAACAGACAAAUUGACGUCUUUGUUUGUGGAAAGAGCACUUUUUUAAUACAAGAAGUUGCAAGUCGGAAAGUGAAAUGCAACAUGCUCCGUGGGCCGAGCGAUCGCAGCGACUCUGCAGCUAUGCGGAUGAUGCGCUAUUGUCUCUCAGUAAAUUGCUCCCACUCAAACACAAACGCUCCUUUAGCGCCCGCUCAGCCAUCAGCUCGUCUCCUCCUGGAUUCCGUUGUUCAAGAUCUCGAAAGAAUGUCUCGUCAGUGAUGACAUGGACACUGUUGUGUGUGUUUCCCUGUGCGUUCACGAAAAGAAAUGGAGCAAGUAUGUAUUAUAUGGAUGUAAAUAGCACUGCUAAUAAAAACCUUCUCUUACAA